CAUCAAACCGCGAUGUUCAUUCCCCACUGCAUUCUAUUUCAAAAACUAUUCAUUAACCUCAAUUACAUUAACAAAAUUUAUUUAUAAAUUAUUAUUAUAAAUGUCACACCCCCAAUUUCAUUAGUGCCUUUGGUUUUUAUAUCUGCGAAUUAAAUUAUUACUGCGAUGAAUUGUUUCUCGACGGACACAUUCGACCGUGGGACAUUUUAUCAAUUCUACUAUGCAAUCCACACGAUGAUAUCACUGAUCAGUCCUGGGAUGCACAUUGGAUGGUCAGCAGUAGCUUUACCUUUGUUGACAAAAAAUGACACUUCUGGGGGAAGUGAUGCGAUUCUAUACGGCAAUGAAAACGCUGCUACCUGGUUCGCAUCAAUUGUCGGAAUUUCUGGCCCUUUCGGCUGUCUUCUGGGGACAUUCUGCAUGAGAGCUGGAAGGAAAAUUCCAAUGGCAAUCGUCGGCUUUACCUGCACCGCUGGAUGGCUGAUAAUUUCUUUGAGCUAUGGAGUUAAGCAGAUUUUGAUUGGACGAUUUAUCGUGGGUAUUGGUACCGGUUUGGUAUCAGCACCAACAGUUGUAUAUAUUGCUGAAAUAUCAACACUUCGGUACCGAUCGGGAUUAAUAAACGGUACUAGUCUAGCCGUAGGUGGUGGUAUUCUAAUAAUUUAUCUCCUCGGCUUUUUCAUUCCCAAUUGGCGGAUGCAAGCUGCUAUAUCGACAGUAAUUCCGUUGCUUUCGGCCUCGUCAAUUCUGUUAUUCCUCCCAGAGAGUCCUAUAUGGUUGUUGCAUAAUAAACAGGAGUCAAUGGCAAAACAAUCCCUCAUGAAACUCCGAGGAUUGAAGAGAGAAACCCCUGAACUCGACGCCGAAUUUACACAAAUGCAGAAUUACUGUUUGAAGAAGGUCAAGGAAUGCCAAAUUCAGACGAUUUCUUUGGAAUCGAGUGGAACGGUGAAGAAUCCUAUGGAGCAUUCAGCUUCCAAUAGGUUCGCUCGUCGAUUGCACAAGAUUUGCGGGGUAAUGAGUUUGCCUGAAGUUUGGAAACCGUAUUUAAUCCUAAAUUCUCUGUUUUUCUUUCAACAAUUCUGCGGGAUCUGCGCUAUUAUUGCUUAUUCAGUGAACUUUGUCACCACUGUUGGUCUUACAGCUGAUCCUUUUCUCAUUACCGCUGGGAUUGGAGUUAUACAACUUUUGGGAUGUCUUCUUCUUGUUUCCACGAGUUACAGAUUGGGAGUCCGACGAGUCUCAGUGAUAUCUACUGGGGGAAUGGCAUUUUCUUUAGGUAUCCUAGGAACAUAUUUACAGUUUAUCAAACCUAAUGAUGUCCAUGAUAAAUAUCAACCAAUUGCCAUUGUUUGUAUAUUCCUAUUUGUGGCCACCGGUUCUUACGGUUUGGUAGCUGUACCUUGGUCAAUGGUUGGUGAAUUAUAUCCAACGAAAUAUGUUCACUACCUUGCACCGCUCACCACGUGCAUGGCCAACAUUUUUAAUUUCACAACAUUACACAUGUAUCCGUUACUGUUAGUAAAUGGGAUUGUAUCAGCAGUUUAUACUUAUUGCGCAAUAUCGAUCAUCGCCACAAUUUUUAUCGCACUUGUCCUACCAGAAACUCAAGGCGUCCCACAUCAUGACAUCGUCGCACGAUUUCAGAAAAAAUGAUGUUUCGUAUGACAAUUAUGAGACUGAAACACAUAUUUUAUUUUGUUUAACUCCAGUGAA